AGUAAACCUUCGUUCGGGUUGCACCUAGUUAGGUCCAUGCUACAUAGCCGGGCGCUUCCCCCAACUUCACCUGCAUGGCGGGGCGGUCGACUCUUCUAACUCCUUCCCUCAACCUCAAUAUUCCCUUCUCCUGGGAUACACAGCUGUGAACUCGGCUCCUGUUCACAAUGCCUAUGCCAAUAGCCGCCAAAGCUGGCGUAAUCGCCCUAUCGGUGGCCGUGGCAGCCGCCAUCGCUGUCUAUGAGUCCCCCGAGCUCCGUCGCAUGGCCGACGACCUCCGAAGGCGCAUCGCCAUCGCCCUGCACUCCAUGGGAGACGGCGUCCAACCUCCUGCGCGCGAACCACGGUUCAACCGUCCCGAAGAUGCCGAUGGAUUCUUGCAAUCCCGAGCCGUGGUCGCGAACGAGCCCGGAGUAGACGCUGAUGACGAAACCCGCCGCAGACAGCGAGAGGAGCUGAUGUACUGGAAUGCUGUCCUUGAGGAGAAGAAGACAAAGGAGCGCGGCGAGGUAGGACCAACACACACCUCUCCCCCGGCUCAUUCGCGGGCCUCGUCAUUUGACGAUUUCCUACAGCGAGACUCGAGUGCGGAGCAGGGUACCUAUGUUUUCAACACCGGAGCGCAGGUUCGGGACGACAAUGUUGGCCUCUUGCGGCGGCGUGGCGGUGUCGAGGGAGUCCGGGGACUCAACGCCUCCAUCUACGCAAACCCGUUCGCCGACGAGAAUGGUGUCGACGAUUUUGACGAUCAGCUAGCCACGGAGCCUCAUCCGCUCUCCCCCGGAAAGGACGAGACGAUGUCGGUCGACAUCUACAACGCCACAGAGGCUGCCGCUUCGCAGACUCUAUCUCCACAGCCAGUACCAGAAGUUCUCUUCGACUAUGAUGCCGGGCUGCCGACGCAGGACGAGCCGGAACCGGCCACUUUGAUGGAUCGUGAACUUGCCCAAGACGAAUUCAUGACUGCCGGCCAGGAGGACCGGUAUGAUGCCUAUGCCUCCGUCCAAGCGUGGGCAAAUAACUACAACAAUAACUUCAACCCUGGCUCCUACUCUCCCCUUCCCAUGUCUCCCCCUGCACCGCUCUCCGAGCCCGACAUCGUUAGCGAGGGGGCGCUUACGCCGGCUGAUUCGGCAUCUCUGGCUGGCUCUGGCGAAGAUAUUGGUGACGACGCGGCCUCAUCGCGGGCAGGCGAGAAUGGCCGUUACUACGACGUAAUAAGCGAGGACGAGGACGGAAUGCCGACGCCCGUCAGCUGGACCGAGGUCGGGAGUGUGGUCAGCGAAAGUGAGAGCGCGGUGCAUGCGUGAAAAGACAGGACGUUCGUUCGCUCUUGUUGGGAACGAGAUACCCCCUUCAAGUAUUCGGGUUAGGCGUCAUAGGAUAGGCGUUGGGUAUUCGUUGUCGUUGGUUUUCCCAUGCUUUGGUAGGUAAUCUCCAUAACCCCCAGGACUGCAGGGAUAAUAUGAUGGACGGAAUCCCAUCUGGAGUUGGUUACACUGUGUUCGCCUUAGAACAGGAGGCUCGUAAUCCUAACCUGGCGGCGUCAUUAUCGCCCAUUUCCUAGACACUGAAAUUAGACCAAUUUAUGUUAUUUCAACGA